AGCAGGGAGAAUUUAAAUUCUCACUACGCCAGCUCUCCCGCUCAGGUGUUGUAUUGAUUUUAAUGCCGGCUACUUUGAUUUUAGAACGAGAAAGAACAGCGUAAGAUAGCGUUCUAGUAAAAGUUUGGGCCUGUUCUGUUCGUGUUUGCAUGAUGUUUUGAGACAUUUCAGUAUAUCGCCAGACGUUUCGGCGAGCGGUAAUGGCACGAACGAAACGGAUAAAAUCCCGGACCCAGAAAACAGGCCUCCAAUAGCGUUCAAAGUAAUUGGCGCCUCAAUCACUGAAGGGUGAAGCAUUAAUAGCAACUAGAAAACACCUGUCAAGUGCAAUAAUAGCGGGUCGUGGUGUGGCAAGCAGAGCAAGUGUGAAGUGAAACAAUUAUUUUUGGAAGUUCGUAAGUGCAUCGUUAAAAAGACGCCGCACCGAUUAGAUAAUGGGAGAGUCCCCAUUAUCGACUGGCCCAGACCCUGGACGCUUAGUCAAUGCACCUGAACGCUUGGCAAAUGUUCUCACAAACUCAAUGAAUUAAUAAGGCAUGGGCGUAUUUUAAUGGUAGUUGCACUUCCACCUAACCCAAAACCCCAUGCGGAUCCCAGACUACGUGCUGGGCAAUUCCCCCCAUGGCUCAUCCAUAAUGCAUCUGAGAAUCUCCAUUUAUAGUCAGCACGCAUCAAUCAUUUAGCGCUGGCCUGCGGCAGCUACUCCCCGAUGCACUCUACACUUUUGUUUACCGCUGUGUGGCAUGCAACAAUUCAUCUCAAUUGGCCACGAUUGGAUUGCAUGCAUGCACAGAAAUAUUUACUUGAUGUUCGUCCCAAGACGCUGAAACCAUUCAUUGAUCAUGAAGUAUUCCUGUAAUUAAUAAGUUGCUGAGAUGCCACACCAUCACACACGUCUGCCACAGCCAGGGGUCUCGACUUAACGAUACCCAGUAGUCAGAUGCUUUUAGAGGAGUAUCGGAGCUCAGGGUAAUCUUUUUGAACACAACGAAUUGCUUAACUUUUAGAUGAUAACGACAAAUACAUUGGCUAUGCCCACCGAUUAACAAAUGUUACUGAAUGACUUGUGGACAGACAUCGGUAACAGACAUUAGAUAAGCUUACAAAAAGGUCUAUCAACUAAUCUUCAAUAUAUGUACUUCGAAUCCCAUGACUCUGGAGCAGCGGUUAAGUGACUUAUUGAACACGUACCAAGAUUCCUACGGCAGAUACCACUUGGGUAAAGGAUAAAAUGUCCCCUUCAGCAGCCGGAGCCACGACAGACCUAUUGGACUUUGAUGAAAUACUCACUCAAAUUGGGGAGUUCGGACGCUAUCAGCGGCGGAACUAUCUGCUUAUCUGUCUGCCCGUUCUGUUUGCCGCAGCAAACAGUCUGUCGUAUGUGUUCACUGCUGGCAAACCCACCUACCGCUGCUACAUACCCGGGUGCGACAGCAUCCAGGCGCCAGAGUACCAUGCCGACUGGCUGCACAUAGCUGUGCCUGGAACUUGGAGCAAGAAGGGUUUGUUCACGCCAGCCAACUGCGAUCGGUAUGUGGCCAACGAGACGAGUGGUUUCAGCUGGGACCCUCUACAGCCGGGACAAUGUACGGCCGAUAACUUCACACAGGAGGAGGAGCGUUGCCUACAGUUCGUGUACGGGACCCAGGAGCGAACCAUUGUGCAGGAGUGGCAGCUGACGUGCCAGGAGAAUGCCUGGAAGCUGGCCUUUGUGGGAACCACACACUUUGCGGGACUGGUGAUCGGUACCGCGUUGUUCGGUUACCUGGCCGAUCGAUUUGGACGCAAGCGCAUAUUCUUGUUCUGCAUCGUGUUCAUGGCUGUGACUGGAAUAGCGCAGGCCCUGGCCUGGGACUACAUCAGUUUUCUGAGCUUUGCCUUGCUAAAUGCCGUUGGCACCUCCGGCGUGUAUCCGCUGGCUUUCAUUAUUGGCGUGGAGAUGGUGGGGCCGAGGAAGCGCGAGAUGUCCUCCAUUGUGCUAAACUAUUUCUAUGCGGUGGGCGAAGCCCUGUUGGGGUUGUCCGUGUUCAUUCCCAAUUGGCGGCACUUACAGCUUAUACUGUCUAUACCACCGCUGCUCUUUUUGGGAUACUUUUGGAUUGUGCCAGAGUCGGUAAGGUGGCUAUUGGCUCGCAACCAGCGGGAGAAGGCUGGCGUGAUUAUUCGGAGAGCGGCGGAGGUCAAUCGCCGGGAUAUUUCCAUUGAGUUGCUGGCCAGUUUCAAGCAGCAGGAACUAGACAUGGAAAGUACCGACUAUGAUCCGAAGGAGAAACAAGAAAAUAACCAAAUUUGGCUGGCCGUCAAGGAGGUUUUUGCAUCUCAUGUUUUGAUUAUUCGCUAUGUGAACAUGCUCUUCAUUUGGGCCGUCAAUGCCAUCGUCUACUAUGGACUCUCCCUGAACUCGACCAGCUUGAGUGGCAACAAGUAUCUGAACUUUACCCUGGUCUGCCUUGUGGAAAUCCCCGGCUACAGCUUGGCGUGGCUGUGCCUGCGAAAACUAGGCCGCAAACUUGCUCUGUCUGGAUCCCUGCUGCUCUGUUCGAUCACCUGUGUGGCCAGCGGCUAUAUGACUAUGCGUGCCAACUGGUUGAUUGUGACGCUCUUUCUCAUUGGAAAGCUGGGCAUCACGUCCUCGUUUGCCGUCAUCUAUACGUACACCGCGGAAAUGAUGCCAACGGUCAUACGUAGUGGAGGCGUUGGUGUCAUGUCCACCUUUGCUCGCUGUGGUGCCAUGCUGGCUCCCUUUGUGCCGCUGCUGGGAUCAUACUACGAGCCCCUACCACUGCUGCUCUUUGGAGCCGCCUCGCUGAUUGCUGGUCUCCUUUCGCUGCUGCUGCCGGAAACCUUUCACAUGAAGCUGCCCGAUACGGUAGAAGAGGCCAUCGCUUUGGGAAAAUAA